AUGAAAUUCGCCAUUGUUUUCGUUGCCCUUUUCGGUUUGGCUUUGGCCGCUCCACCACAAUCACCAUCCCAGGAUGCUGUUGUCACCCGUCAGGAUGCUGAAGUAGGACCCGAAAGCUACCAAUACAAUGUUGAAACCAGCGAUGGUAAGUCUGCCAGCGAAGAAGGUCAUAUUGAGAACCUUGGAAAGGAAGAUGAAGCUAUCUCAGUUAAGGGUCAAUUCAGCUACAUCGGUGAUGAUGGUGCCACCUACCAAGUCACCUACAUUGCCGACAAAAACGGUUUCCAACCCCAAGGUGCUCAUUUGCCAGUUGAACCAAAAGUUUAAGCUAUUGACUCUUUGUUAUCUUUGUUUGUCUUUUU